ACCUAAAAUCGCUUUUAAUUUUAAUCAGGAGGUGGCUUCAUGAUAAGACUUGACUAAAAAUAGUCUUUGCCUUUGAUUUCAAACAUUUCAUAUUUACUAGAGUCUAAUUGGGGUGUUAUAAUACAGAAUAUAAUAUUUUAUCAAAAUGGAGGGACUGAAUUCAAAUUUCCCUGGCGGAAAUGGAACAAAUAUGCUCCAACAGAUGACCAACUUUAACAAUGUACAAAACAUAUCGAACGUUUUAGUGCAACCUCCUAAUAGUAGUAAUAUUAAUAACAACAAUAAUGCGACAUCCGAGCUUAAUCCCAAACGUCAACCUGGGUUUGAUAGACUCAAAAAACGGAUGAACCUUUAUCGGAAAAGACAAAAUGAAAGUGUUCCUAGAUUCGAACAGACUUUUAGUGGAAUAUGUGAGCAACAAAGCAUCGAGACAAAUGUACUUCAAAAAAGAUUUAUAGAGAGUAAAGCUAAACGAGUUGCAAAAAAGGCUGAUAAAAAGCAGACAGAUGUAGCGCAGGGAUUAGUUGUGACGCAAACAAAGAAUCAAAUUAAAAGACCAGCAUUAGAUGAACUUGAAAAUGAAGGCGAUGUUCUUCCUCCAGCAGCUAAAGUUGCUUCAACUGGCAUGAACUCAAUUGAUAACAUGAAGUUUCAAGUAGAAAUUGUUCAACAGCUAGAGUUCACAACCUCUGUUGCUAAUCUUCAGCCACAGCAAAUAAGCACUAAUGUUACUGUAAAGGCAAUGACUAAUGGAAAUGUAAAAUAUGAACCACAAGAAAAUAAGGUACAAAAGCACGAGUCCGGAAAAGUUUCGUCCUCAUCAUUGCCCCUUUCAACUUCCGAUAUACUUCAAGAUUUCAAACAAGAACCUGAUAAUGAAUUUGCUGAUCUUGACUUUGGUGGCUUAGCUAACUUUAUGGCAAACGAUGAAAGUGAAUUAAAGAAACUUUUCUCCAAUAUCAGUGAAGUAUUUGAUCAAGAUUUGUUUGAUCAAGACAAAAUAAAACAAGAACCAAUUUCAAACAUUCCGCAGCAAAAUGCAAGUCAAAUAAAUCAUUUAAACCAACAGUUUAAUCAAUAUGUGAUGCCAGAAUCAUGUCACAUGCAAAAGCCUAUGGUACAUCAGCUUCCACAGACACAUCGUAUGUAUCAACCUCAGCAAGUCCAACAACCACAACAACAGCAUCAACAACAACUUCCGGAAAUGUCACCUGCGGCUCAAACUCUUAAGAACAUGGCACAGCAGCAUCAAGUAAAAAAUUCUAUAGCUAUGAAUAAUAUACACAGGCCACUUGGUCAACCAUUAGCACAACAAAUAAAUCAACAGCAUCAACAACAACAGCAACCAAAUAUGAAUCAGAGAUUGCUAUAUCAACAACAGCAUCAGUCAAGACAUCAACAACAUCCACAGUUUAAUGAUUUAAACCCUCAGUUUCAUAAAAACCAUAUGCAUAUGACAUUUCCACCAGAAAUUAUCAAACAAGAGAUGCUUAUUCAGAAUCAGCAGCCAUCUCAAAUUCCAUCUCAUCAAAUGAAACCUCAAAUCAAUCAUCAAAUGAUGAUGCAUCAGAAUGGCGAAAUAAAAUUGAACCAACAAUAUCAGCAAUAUCAAAAUACUCAAUUUAUAACGAACCAUCAGACGCAGCCUCAACAAAGAAAUGCAUUCAAUUCUAAUCAACAAAGUACUAUGAACAUUCAUAUGAAGCAAAGUCAAAUGAUGCAUAUUCAACCGACAGUGAACACUGGUGGAAACAUUAAUAAUAUUCAUAUGCAAGGAGGUCAACAUAUGCAUUUUGCAGGGGACAUGAAGAUCGCUGAUAACACAAAUUUUUCGAUGCAGCAACAGCAAAGUAUGUAUUUUAAUCAUCAUAACCAUCAACAACCGUAUGGAAAUGUUCAGACUAUGCAGAAAAGGCCUCAGCAACAUCAAGCAAUGGGUGCGGGUGAAGUUGCAACAAACACAUAUAACAUGAUGCAAAGUCAAUCAAUGACAUUCACCCCAUGAGAUGCCAUAAUGAAUCCCUCAGAUUAGAGCAGUUAUUAUUAUUUAUAAUUAUUAUAACUUUCAUUACUUAAAGUUUUCAUUCUUUUUACAUUAUUGUCUCGUUUCAUUCAUAUCCUUAUAAUAAUAUAAUGCAAUUUGAUCACGGGAGAAUAAUACAGUACUCUAAAAAGAAUCGUUCUGAGGUACAUUUGCCUUCAAAAAUUUAUAGCUGAUCAUGAUUUAUCAUAACCUUGCACAGUUUUAUAUGAAAACAAAUUGUUUGAUAAUUUCUGACUUUCUUUAUUCGAGUUAAUUUUAUAUGAUUAUUCAGAAAAGUAGUGAUAUUUAUUAAUCACUUAUGCAGAUACUUUCAAUGAAUUCCUGGAAAAUUAUUACAAAAUUAGAUAUAAAUUUAAAUUUGUCUAACGAAGAUGCUUGGCAUGCAUAAACCGUUGGAAUUGUUUGUCUUUAAGAAACACAAUAAAAUCGAUAGUUUUUUUAUUUUUUCGAUCCUCAAGAACGAUCCUCGAUGAAGAACGGUAAACGAUCCUCAGAAAUGAAAGUUGUAAGUGUUGUAAAUAUAUGAAUAAUUGAUCUGAGUCCCUCUCAAUUGAAUGCAAUUUCAUGUCCCAUUUAAAAUGAGCCAAAAUGAAAUGUGAUAUGCACACUUUUGCUGAAGAAAUUUUGAAUAUUUUGUUUUAAUCAAGAUUACUUUUUAUGCUUCGUCAACAUAUUAAUACAUAAUGGAAAAUGUUUAAACAUUAAAAUAAAAAUUUGAUAUCAAACCGGAACAGACAAUGAUAAAAAUGCUAGCUGAAAUUCAGUAAAUUAGUUUCAAUUUUCUUCAUUCUUUUUAAAAAGAGCAACUUUAUAUCACAUGUAGCUGAAGAUUUUAUUAAAACUUAAUUAAACAAAGGUACCAUUACUCGUUAUGGAGUAAAAAAGGAGAAAAAAAAUUAGUUUUUAGGAAAUAUUUAGCUGUUAAUGAUAUAUCUAAAUAUUUAUAAGUAAAGAAAAUCUUUUU